AUGCCACAGCCAGGCAAGAAAACUCGCUUCCGAACAAGAGGCGACCCAAAUAGUGCCUUUCCUUUGAUCAUCUUCUUCCAUGGCUCAGGUGACUCCUGCGCUUCGUGGGAGCUCCUGGCGGACCUCCUCAACGCUUAUCAGCUUCUCAUCUGGGAUCGACUUGACCCAAACAUAAAACCUGAAUACGCCAUCUCAGAACUAUUAGAAUAUCUUGAUGGGUCCGAUUUACCUUCAGAAUGUGUUCUUAUCGCGCAUUCAUACGGUGGCACCUUCGCCAGACUCUUCCUUGAAGCGAGACCUCACCAAGUCGCAGGAAUGGUCCUUGUGGAAACAGGCCAAGAGACCGGUAUAGAUCCCGAGAUCGAACAGCGACAGUACCAGGAUCAAAUCCUUGAGAACAAACCACUCGUCGUCAUUCGUGGGAACACUCUCAAAUGGAAACAGAUGCAGUACGAGCGAGCCCUCGCCGCAGAACAGAACAUGGUCACCCCAACCUUGUUAAUCCAGAAACAAAUGCUCGACGCGAUGGAUGAAGAGGACGAGAGAUUGAAGAAGGUGCAGUUACACCUCUCGAGGAACAAUCGGUAUGUUCACUUGCCGGAUUGCGGGCACGGUGUUAUUCAAGCGAGGCCGGAUGCUGUACGGGAGGCUGUUUCUUGGGUCAUGGAGCAUUUGUACAUGCCGGAAGAUGAACCGCCAGAAGAACCGGUGCAAGCGAUUGAUGGGAAGCAGGAGGAGAACGGAACGAAUAAGAGUGUUCUAGUCAAGGGUCUUCCUCAAGAGGCUACCCUUGAUGCUCUCUGGAAAUACAUCGGGGGAGUCACUGUGUGA